AUUCACCUAUAUAAGUAGUUAUGUACUUUUUUUUUGACACCAACUCUGACUUUGCAGAACGAAAGAUAUCACGCUAACAUGUACUUUGCUUUGACAAUUUUGCUGCUCUUUAUGACAUUUUCCGAAUCGCAACAGUUGCGGUAUCAAGGUUCUGCAAUCAGUGAAAAUGGCCGAACAAUUGGAAGAAACUUAUACUUUCAAGAUCCCGCUUUCUAUUUGCAUGCAAAUCGAUAUUUUCGUCAUCCAGGAGGAGAAGUCCGAUCCUUGGAUCGUUUAGGCGGAGGUGAAGUAUUAAGAUCUCUAGAUAGUUUGAAUGGAGGAAUUGUCUUGAAAUAUGCCGAAGAUCAGAGUCCGAAUGAUUGGAACAACCCCGAAACACCAAAUUUGGUCCCACCAAGAGCAUUAGAUAGAUUGAGCGGAGGCGAAGUUUUGAAAUUGCCGAAAAGAAAUCUUGAUACUCUCAGCGGUAUGACAUUUGGGGAAUCGAAACGUUUCGAUAGUUUGAGUGGAGCAACCUUUGGUCAAGAGAAAAGGGACUUUGAUGAAAUUGAUCGAGUGGGCUUUAAUCAAUUUUCAAAAAGGAAACAAGAUUUCAAUAAGAAGAACUUCGAUGAAAUUGAUCAUACAGGUUUCGGAGGAUUUGUAAAAAGAGACAUAUGA